AUGGCUGUUACGGAUAGGCAAUUGCAAGGUGCUUCGUUCCCGAUCGCUUCAUCCACCUUAUGUACUGUGCCUUAUACACAAACUCACUAUCCUCGUUCAGACCCUCACAAAGCACAUUCGGUCAGUCUAGGCGGUCCCAUAACAAACGGCCUGGAUAAAACUAACGUGGGUCAAGACAAUCCGGUUUCGGCUCCUGUCCAAUUCCCGUCUGAUCCACACCCAUCCGGUCAUUCUCUUCCGCAUAGUCAUCAUGAACUGGACACUGAUGCUGAUUCCUCGGCAUUCACCGACCUCAGUCAGGUUUCGUCUGCUUCACGCAAUGGUCAUCGACAUACUGACCGAACGUCCUCUUCCUCUGCCCAUCAACAAUCUCCACCUUAUUCUCUGGAUUUAUCCCAACUGUCUGAUCCCAAUCGGAUAGCUGAACUCAAUAGACGGAAUCGUUUGCAACCAAUGCAUUUACGUACCAGUUAUCCGGUGGAGACUCAGACCGCUAAUCCGGAGAAGGUCGCAGUAGCCUUACGACAGUUGAGUUCCAAAUCACAAGGCAAAGACGAGCUGAACGGGUUCCGAAAACAAAACGGCACGGUUACCCUAUCCACCGUUCCGGAAGAAUACGGGAAUGUUCUUCGGGAGAUGGGCGAUGAAAACAUGGCUGACCCAUCACAAUCCUCAUCGCGACGCACGGAUUCAUCCACUGCACGUAACACAGAUCGUUUGUCGAAGUCUGGCUCCCAAUCCGAUCGUAGCGAGCUGAUGGCUCGUUCCACACGGGUAGCAGCGGGCUACCGUCCGAUUCCGAAAAAUCUGAACUCAAUCACAGACGCUUUGAUUGCGGCAUCUGAUGACCCAUCCACAAUGGUUGCGGCCCUGGAAAUGCAGUUGACUCGAGCUGCUCUUAUUGGGUCAAAGGAAGAAACAUCUCGGAAAGCACAAGAAGUAGACCCAUCGCAAUCUCCUCCAACACUAUCAAUUCGGUCUUCCCGCGGGUCGGUACACUCCGAUAAACAGAACAGCUCGAUUGCUUUCGAAAUUCUAUUGGAUCCCGCCUCAACCAAGCCCCGCCGCUUACCUGCACCUCGUGCGAACUCGUCGGCUAUUGUGCGCCGGCUUCCCGGAUCAAAGAAUUCCGUUUCUCGACCCAUCACCCACCCACACAACGGUGCGCAACAGUUUCCCUCGGCUAAGUUGCCACUGGCUUCAACGCUACCAACACCAUUGCAGCGAAAUCCUAAGGUAAAUAAAAUCAUGUCCUUUUAUUUAAAAUGGCAUGCAAUGAUAUUAAUUCUCCUCACGUUCAGUUUGGAGUGUUGCUGA